AUGAAGCUGGGAUGGGACUUGAGAGUUGGUUUGGACUUGACAUCGUGGAAGAGUGCAGAUGACCCUUCAUUCAGAGAUUUCUCUUAUGUGCUCGAUGUUGAUGGUCUUCCACAAACCAUUAUACAUAAAGGGUCUGUUAUGCAGCACCAAAGUGGGAUAUGGAAUGGUCUGCAGUUUAAUGGAGCCGAGCUUAAAAACUCUAUCUUCAAUGCUAAUUUCAUCCAUAAUUCAGGGGAGGUGUAUUUCAUGUUUGAUCUAUAUCAACAACUAACAAGGUUGGUUUUGAAUUACACUGGGAUAAUGCAAUGUGUGAUAUGGAACAAUAGAAACCUUGAUUGGGUUGUCAUUAAUACAGUACCUAGUAAUCCAUGCGAAAGUUGGGGCCAGUGUGGUCCUAAUUCUAAUUGCACAAUCUCUAAUGAAUCAUCACAAGAUUGGAAUACGAUGGUUUGGGAUGGUGGGUGCGUUCGCAAAUGCCCAUUAAACUGUUCGGAUGGAGAAGGAUUUGUGAUAUUCAAAGGCGUGACCAUCCCAGAUUUGUUAGAGUAUUUGCUGAACGCUAGUAUGACACUAUGUGAAUUGAAGUGUUUAAAGAAUUGUUCUUGA